AUGGCUAAAGGUGACAAAAAACUCACGGCCUCGAACAAGGCCAUUGACCCCACCCUCAAUGCUCUGUUCGCAUCUAGUGCUGGACCAGUAAAAGCCCCUUCAAAGGCGAGAUACUCGGAAGCGCCUCCCCCGAAGGCGAAGCCCGACACACCCGACUCAGACGAAGAGCUCCCAGAUGCCGACGAGGAGGACGAUGAGGAGCUUUCAGAGCUAGAGCAAGGGUCUGAAGAGGGCAGUGAGGUCGAAGAUGACGCCGAGGUAGACUCCGGAGAUGAUUCAUCCUCGGAUCAGGAGGAGGAGUCUCCUGAGGAGGAAGAGGAGACUGCAGAGAAAGCUGCAAAGCCUAAAAAGGAACGCAAGCGCAAGCGGGAAGAGGAUGAUAUCGAGGGAAAGUACUUGAGCAAACUUGCACAGGCCGAGGAGAAUGAAAAGCCUACCGGAAAGCGCAGCAAGAAAGAGGGCGACGAGGCAACAUCAGGGGCAUCUGAGGACGAGGACGAGGAGGAGAAUUCCGAAAUCCCAGUCCACGAGUCUCUCGCUACUGAUGCAAAGAGCAAAGACAAGAACGCCGAGAUUGAAAAGGCGAACCGUACUGUCUUCCUAUCCAACGUUGCCUCUGAGGCCGUCGCAAACAAGGCUGCCAAGAGAACCCUUGAGGCUCAUCUCUCCAGCGUCCUUGAGAAGGACGCUACCCCCGCUCAGAAGAUUGAGUCCAUCCGCUUCCGCUCCAUUGCCUUUUCUGGUGGUGCUCUGCCCAAGCGCGCCGCCUAUAUCACCAAGUCUCUCAUGCAAGAAACGACAAAGUCGGCCAACGCCUACGUCGUCUUCUCCACACCAGCCGCGGCGCGCAAGGUUGUCGCGGAGCUCAACGGCACUGUCGUUCUGGACCGCCACUUGCGUGUGGACAGUGUUGCCCAUCCCGCCCCGACUGAUCACCGCCGCUGCGUUUUUGUCGGCAAUCUUGGUUUUGUUGAUGACGAGACCGUGCUUACCACUGGUGAAGACGGUGAGACGGUGCAGAAGAAACGGAACAAGGUGCCCUCGGACGUCGAGGAAGGCUUGUGGAGGACUUUUGGCAAGCACGUUGGCAAGGUUGAGAACGUCCGCGUCAUUCGCGACCCCAAAACGAGAGUUGGAAAGGGCUUCGCUUAUGUUCAGUUCUACGAUGGCAACCACGUUGAAGCAGCCCUGCUUCUGGACGGCAAGAAGUAUCCCCCCAUGCUUCCCCGUGCCCUGCGUGUGACUCGCGCCAAAGCACCUCACAAAACAGCCCUCGCCAUGGAGCGUUCGAAGACCAAGGGCCAGCCUAACCCCAGCGCGCCGGGUAGCACAAAGUACAGGGCCAAGAUCACCCCUGAGCAGCAGUCUAUGGCUGGUCGUGCAGGCCGCCUGUUGGGUCGCUCUGGUGCCUUGCGCGAACGGAAGGGCGGCGACAAGAGGGAUCGCAGGGCUAACGGCUCGGGCGUUGUUCCAAAGGACGAUAUUAAGGCACCGGAGGAGUUCAUCUUCGAAGGCCGCCGGGCCAGUGCCAAGGAUGGGAAGCCUAAGGACCUGAAGUUUGGAAAGAGGACCAAGAAGGGUCGCGUGCAGAAGUCUAAGCCCACGGGUCGUGGCGCCAGAAGAGCGGAGCAGUGGCGAAAGAAGGAAAAGUCUACGUAA